ACAGUUCGGUCACAUUGUCCGAACCAAAAAUCUUAGUUGUCUUUUUUUCUUUCUCUCUUUAAUUUAUGAUUUUAAUAAUUAAACAACAAGAAUCCUAUAAUCAAUCUCUCGAAUUUCUGUAAAAUUAAAAAACCCUAAUUGUAAUUGUUCUUGUUGUUAUAUGUUUCCCUCGUCAAAAUGGAUCGGAUUCGUUGAGUAGCAAUUGUUCGUUUGCCGAGGAAGCAAGGAGAGAGAGAUGGCGCGACAAAUGACGUCAUCUCAGUUCCACAAAUCAAAGACCCUCGACAACAAAUAUAUGCUUGGGGAUGAGAUUGGGAAAGGAGCUUAUGGUCGAGUUUACAUAGGAUUAGACCUGGAGAAUGGUGACUUUGUGGCUAUUAAACAAGUCUCCUUGGAGAAUAUCGUCCAAGAGGAUCUCAACACCAUCAUGCAAGAAAUCGAUUUGUUGAAGAACCUGAACCAUAAAAACAUUGUCAAGUACCUUGGCUCCUUGAAGACAAAGACUCACCUUCACAUUAUCCUGGAGUAUGUGGAGAAUGGCUCUCUUGCAAACAUUAUCAAACCUAAUAAAUUUGGACCUUUUCCAGAAUCAUUGGUGACUGUUUACAUUGCGCAGGUCUUGGAGGGUUUAGUAUAUCUGCAUGAGCAGGGUGUCAUACACCGUGAUAUUAAGGGUGCAAAUAUUUUGACAACAAAAGAGGGACUUGUCAAGCUUGCUGACUUUGGAGUUGCCACCAAACUAAACGAGGCUGAUGUUAACACUCACUCAGUGGUUGGAACUCCUUACUGGAUGGCUCCUGAGGUUAUUGAAAUGUCAGGGGUCUGUGCUGCUUCUGACAUUUGGAGUGUUGGAUGCACUGUUAUCGAACUUUUGACAUGUGUACCUCCUUACUAUGAUCUGCAACCCAUGCCUGCCCUCUUCCGUAUUGUUCAGGAUGAUAGCCCUCCUAUUCCUGAUAGUCUUUCUCCAGAUAUUACGGACUUCCUAAGACAAUGCUUCAAGAAGGAUUCCAGGCAGAGGCCUGAUGCGAAGACACUGCUCUCUCACCCUUGGAUACGGAACUCUAGACGAGCAUUGCAGUCCUCACUUCGGCAUAGUGGAACCAUCAGAUAUAUGAAGGGAGCCGAUUCAAGUUCAGAGAAGGACGGUGAAGGUAGUCAAGAUGUAGCUGAGAGCAUUUCAGCAGAAAAAGUGGGGAUCUCAAAAACUGACCUUUUGUUUGUCCAGAACUCCAAAACCAAACUACCUGCGGUCGGUGUGGGGAGUUUCAGGUCUGAGAAAGAUCAGUCUUCAGCCAGUGAUAUUGGUGAAGAAAGAGCAGAUUCAGAAGAUGAUAUCAUGUCAGAUCAAGUUCCUACGUUGUCUAUCCAUGAUAAUAAGUCUUCUCUUCAAUCAAGUACUUGCAGUAUUUCUUCAGAUGCAAAGGGGACAUCUCAAGAUGGGAAAUCUGAACAUGAUGCAAAUCUUGAAACAGAAGCUAGAAGAAACACUUCAGCAACAAAGCAGGCUGGGAAAGAAUGUUCCAUCCAGAUGCAGCAGAGAUCACAUAGUUUUGACCCAAAAGGUGAAGACCGUGGGCUUAGAAAGGCAGUGAAGACUCCAUCUAGUUAUGGUGGGAAUGAACUGACUAGAUUCAGUGAUCCUCCGGGGGACGCUUGUUUGCAUGAUUUGUUUCAUCCAUUGGAUAAAGUUCCCGAGGGAAAACUAAAUGAAGCCUCGGCAUCAACGCCUGCGUCAAAUGCCAACCAGGGUGACUCUCCUGUUGCAGAUGGUGGAAAGAAUGAUCUAGCAACAAAGCUGAGGGCUAGAAUUGCUCAGAAGCAAAUGGAAGGUGAAGCUGGGCAUUCAAAUGAUGGUGGUGAUCUUUUCCGGUUAAUGAUGGGUGUUUUGAAAGAUGAUGUUAUUGACAUUGAUGGCUUGGUAUUUGAUGAAAAAGCGUCUCCUGAUAAUCUGCUUCCUCUACAGGCAGUUGAGUUUAGCAGAUUGGUGAGCUCCUUACGACCAAGUGAAACAGAAGAUGCAAUAGUAACUUCUUGUCAGAAACUUGUUGCCAUGUUCCGUCACAGACCUGAGCAGAAAGUAGUGUUUGUGACACAACAUGGUUUCCUCCCUGUAAUGGAUCUUCUCGAUAGUCCUAAAUCCCGUGUAACUUGUGCGGUGCUGCAGCUGAUAAACGAAAUUAUAAAAGACAACACUGACUUCCAGGAGAAUGCUUGUCUUGUUGGUCUCAUACCUCUGGUGAUGAGUUUUGCUGGUCCAGAGAGGGAUCGGUCUAGAGAAAUCCGAAAGGAAGCAGCAUACUUCUUGCAGCAGCUUUGUCAGUCAAGCUCCUUGACAUUGCAAAUGUUCAUAGCUUGCCGUGGAAUACCAGUCUUGGUGGGGUUUCUUGAAGCAGAUUAUGCCAAAUACAGGGAGAUGGUUCACCUAGCUAUUGAUGGGAUGUGGCAGGUUUUUAAACUCAAAAGAUCUACCCCAAGAAAUGAUUUCUGUCGUAUAGCUGCAAAGAAUGGCAUUCUUCUUAGGCUGAUCAACACUCUCUAUAGCUUAAACGAGGCAACUCUACUAGCUUCCGAAGGACGCUCUGGUCAACUUGAUCAGCAGUUACUCAGUGUGAUUGACAAUCCUGAUGUGUUGAAAAAUAGGCAUGGAGGUGGUGAAGAGCCUUCAAAUUCUCAAAGAUCAGAUGUCUAUCAGCCAGAUGGUGAUAGGCCUAGAUCAAGCAGUGCUGCACUAGACGCAACAGAAGAUGUUAAACCACAUAAUCAUAGGGUAUCUCUCUCUUCCAACAGAGCAUCAACCGAGGGUGUCUCUAAUGGAUUUGCUGCUACUCAGCCAGAACAAGUCCGACCUUUGCUUAGCUUGUUGGAGAAAGAACCCCCUUCAAGACAUGUUUCCGGUCAACUAGACUACGUGAAACACAUCACUGGCUUAGAGAAAAAUGAAAGUAUACUUCCUCUUCUGCGUGCGUCCAUCGAAAAGAAAACCAAUGGAGGAGACCUAGACUUUCUGAUGGCCGAGUUUGCAGGAAAACAAAACGGGAAUCUUGAUACUACGCCUAGAUAUUACAGUAAAACGAUGUCAAAGAAGGUUAUGGCUAUCGACGCAAUGGCUUCUGCAUCUGGUGUACUGUCAGGUUCAGGUGUUCUAAAUGCUAGACUUGGAAGUGACACAUCCUCUGGUUUACUUUCCCAUAUGGUCACCACGCUGAGUGCAGAGGUCGCUAGCCAAUACUUGGAGAAAGUGGCUGAUUUGCUUCUUGAAUUUGCUCGUGCUGAUACGACUGUUAAAUCAUACAUGUGCAGCCAAAGCUUACUGAGUCGUCUUUUCCAUAUGUUCAACCGUGUAGAACCUCCUAUUCUGCUUAAGAUACUGAAGUGCACCAAUCAUCUAUCCACUGAUCCAAAUUGCUUGGAGAGUCUUCAGCGUGCAGAUGCAAUCAAGCAUUUGAUCCCCAACCUUGAGGUUAAGGAGGGGAAUCUUGUUGACCAGAUCCAUCAUGAGGUACUUAGUGCACUGUUCAACCUGUGCAAGAUAAACAAGAGGAGGCAAGAACAAGCGGCUGAAAAUGGAAUCAUACCUCACCUGAUGCUUUUCGUCAUGUCGGAUUCUCCUCUGAAACAAUAUGCACUGCCACUACUAUGUGACAUGGCUCAUGCAUCUCGGAACUCAAGAGAGCAGUUAAGAGCACACGGCGGUCUGGAUGUUUACCUGAGUUUGCUAGACGAUGAAUAUUGGUCUGUGAUUGCCUUAGAUUCCAUUGCUGUUUGCUUGGCGCAAGACAAUGACAACCGCAAGGUGGAGCAAGCCUUGCUCAAUGAUGAUGCAAUUUAUACAUUGGUUAACUUCUUCCAGAGCUGUCCUGAGAGACAUUUUGUGCACAUAUUGGAACCAUUCUUGAAGAUUAUCACGAAAUCAUCUCGAAUCAAUACGACAUUAGCUGUAAAUGGAUUGACUCCAUUACUUAUUGCAAGGCUAGAUCACCAAGAUGCUAUUGCUCGACUUAAUCUACUGAAACUCAUAAAGGCUGUUUAUGAGCACCAUCCAAGGCCAAAACAGCUGAUUGUGGAGAAUGAUCUCCCUCAGAGACUGCAGAAUCUGAUAGAAGAGAGACGUGAAGGGCAACAUUUAGGAGGCCAAGUUCUGGUGAAGCAAAUGGCAACAUCUCUCCUUAAAGCACUUCACAUCAACACCGUCUUGUGAGAGAGUCCUAAACCAACAGCUGAUUUGGCCUUGGGACUGUACAUUCAUUCCCAUUUUUUUUUGCAGGAAGAAUAUACUCAAAAAGUGUAUACAUUUUUCUUCUUUUCCAUUUACCAAAUGUUUUGUAAUUGUUGAGUUGUGUGGCUCUCUUGAGUUUUUUUAGUCUCCCCAAGAGAUGCCAACACUUGAUAGUUUGGGUGAUACUUGAUUGUUUUAUUAAUUUUGCUGACGUUCUGAUACAUAAAUUUGUAACCAUUUUUUUUAUUAAUUCUUGACUUUUUCUUAA